ACUACUCUACUCCUCUACUCUACUCUUCUACUCUACUCCUCCAACUUACUCUACUCCUCUACUCUACUCUUCCACUCCAUCCCCCGCGAACGUCUUGUCGGAUACAUAGCUCCGCUCUGGCUAUCCUGGCCUACCUACCUCUGGGGCUACUACUUUCUCCUCGACUACUGGACUACUCAUCCUCCUCCUCCUCCUCCUCACAACGGCACAUACCUCUUCCCCACAUCGCAGCUGCCUCAACUCACCUCUGAGCAGCUACCUACACUAUUACCGCCAGCAGCAUCCCCACACUCGUUAACAAAUGCGCCCUUGAACCACCACGUCAACAAACUAAACAUCUCCCUCUAGCACCUCAGCCCGCUCCCCGACGCAGCCUUUGUCUUAGAUUGUGCUUAUCGGUUGCGGCAAGAACGACGUCAAAAGGUACACAAGGCCUUGGCACUCUACUACAAACCUAUCGAAACUAUCACGCCCCCAUACCAGGACUUAUUCUCGCUCUGUCUGGCCAACUGUACCAGCAAUUGUGCGCAUUGACGACGAGGUUCCACUACCUUCCACUCCAGGUCGCUGCCCGACGGCAGCAGCUCUGGUCUACACUGCUGGCGAAAUAGAGCGAGUAAGCGCGAGACCGCGCAAGUGUGGUCGCCCACGAUUCCGACAACAGCGAGGAACGCGAGAGGGUGACGAGAUCGCGCACCCCUCCCACCACUCAUGGCGGCGUUCGUACGGGUUCUGGGGCCGCCUAAUAGCAACUUCUUGGUCGGGUACCCAGGAAUCUCUGCUACUCUGCCGCGCAUAGAGGGCAAAGUCGAAAUCCGCCCGAAGAAGGGCGUCUCCGCCCCGGUCGCCAUCUCCCUUGUCUCGAUAUGUUUACAGCGAUGCGAAACCAUCCACCCCGCUGCCGAGCUGAUCGUGAAGAAGCACCUAGGGACCCCACGGCGCGAGACGGUGGAUAUAGUGGGCAAGGAGCUCUUAUUAUGGAAGUGCGACAUUGGGAGGGUGUCUGAGAAUCUGGUCAUGAUGGACCUACCGUUUGUGCUGUUUAUACCGUUUGGGAGAGGAGGACAGGAGACGAACCGGAGGAUCCCACCGGCGAGCCUGCAGCUCCCGAGCCGGACGGCAGAGACGCGGUAUGAGCUGGUGGUUACGGUGCAGCAGGGGAGCGCGGACCAGAGCAAGUUCGUCACGCCGGUGCCGAUACAGAGAUACGAUACGUUGUCGACGUUCGGGAUGUACAACCGCCCGGAGUCGGCAGAUAUGGUGUCGGACCACCUCAUCACGCUGGGCAUAUCACUACCGCGGUGGUCCUACGGACCGCUCGAUCCAGUCAGCGUGUAUAUCAAGCUGAGCCCGAACCUGGACCAUAUGAAGAAGGCGACGAAGGUGAUGAUUCAGAAGAUCACGAUGGCGAUCGAGGAGGAGAUUACAUUUAACCAUGAGGGCGACGAGCCUACGAAGAAGGUGAAUAGGAUUGCGAAGCAGACCACGCUGAUCGGGGUCAGGAUGCCCGGGACGGGCUACACCACCAAUCUCGGCCUCGUCUUCCCGAGUAAGGAGAACAGGGAUGCAGAAGGGAUUAUUAGGAGGGGCAAGCCGCAUUUCCCCAUGUACGGCGUCAACUCGUUCACCACGACAGGAAGCCUGUACAAAAUCGAGUUCUUCCUGAUAAUAAAGGUAACCCCCGCACCCAGCUCGCCGACCCCGAACAUACCACCCCAUGGCGCCAUACAUACAUACAUACACUAACAACAACCCAGGCACACAUGACAAACACCCGCGACAUCGUCCUCCGCCAACCCAUCAUCGUCUGCCCCUUCGACCAACAAGCGUGCAAGGAGGAAAUGGAAUCCAUCGAACAGGCCGCC